AUGGUUGCCGAAGAUAACGACGAGAAGGGAUAUGUAUUUCAAUGUCUUGAGCGAGAGACCGCUUUGAAGGCCGAGCUGGCUUCCAGCAAGGAUCAGCUUGCUGCAAGCCAAGCAGAGUGCGAUAGCAGCCGGGCCGACUCCGCUCUCCUCAAGGACAUACUACAGUCCAAUUGCCCUAGCCAGCAUACCAAGUAUGGUAUGGUUGCAGGAACCAGGUACCGCUUCUGGUGCGGAAGAUUCCAUGAACCUGCUGGCCAGCGCGAAUCCCACUCUACUGCCACAAUGGAGGCUUGCGUCAAGCUUUGUACCUCCAAGCCUUGGUGCACUAUGGUCCUCCACGGAAUCUUCCGAGAAACGUGCCAGCUUUAUGAUCGCAAGGUCAAAAUCGAAGCAACUCCUCCUCAGUCUAGCGUCCUUUGGAACUCUGCCGUUAAUGACCAGGCUUGA